ACCGCUGUAGCCUCGAGCUGCUGCGACACGCGACUGCGGCCGAUCAUACCAUCGAUCAUAGGCGCUUGAUUCUUUCGUAUUUGACUGUCACUUUGACCAUGACAAGCUUCAGCUGAACAUCCAUGUAGGAGGCCAUUUUAUCCGUGUGAUAGCGUCAACUUGACAUAGGUCCACUGACAUCAAAGUCUAUAUGGUGUUAUGACACGGUACGAGAAUCCGCUACACGCUUAUGCGGCCAGCGAACUGGCAAGCCGUCUCUGAACCAAAGGUAUCAAUCAGAAAAGGAUGGACGACAAUAACAUCAGGAAGCCAUGAAGGCCUGAAUAUGCCCAACUGUGGGCAAAAUCUGCAUGUAAGUACUAGCGAGAUUGGUCUAUGCUUGAAGAACUUCGAAGUAACAAUUACAACUUGAUCACAACAGUGACAGGCCUGAGCGUUACACUUUGCUUGCCACUGUUUGGCGAUCAUAUACAGUAUAUAUGCACAUAUGCGUUAAAGCAAUCAGCUACUUAUUGUUCUUCUGGUUUCAGUCUCGUUGCGCCCCAUUCAUAGAGAACCUCUCUCGCCGGCGAGACACUGCACGUACAGUUCAAUACCAAUGAGCUCUGCCUCCUUUCCUGAGGAAAGCCCCGCAGCGCGACUGGCUCCGCCAGAAAUCUGGUGGCGAGACCUGGCUGCAUGGCUCGGGAAACAGGGAUUCUUACUCCGGCCCCGAUAUCGACCGGGGUGGAAGCCCUCUUGGACUGGGUUGGGAGAGUUGGGGGUUGAUUAUGAGGAUGAGAGAAUACUUGUGCGUGCCCCAAUAAUGGAUGCUACGAGGAUGUCUGACGGAGAACUUGUUAUCCUCAAAAAGAUUGACAAGUCCGAUAAUCCACGUGAGGAAGAACUAACGCAAUAUCUUUGUUCUGGGUCUCUAGCAUCAGAACCUCAGAAUCAUUGCAUCACUCUACUCGAUGUAUUGCAUCCACCAAAUGAACCUAACGUCGUUAUUCUUGUGCUGCCACUGUUGCUGCCGUUCUACGAGCCUCGUUUCCGGACAUUUGGUGAGGCUAUCGAUUUCAUGCAACAAGCUUUCGAGGGCAUUAAGUUUCUCCAUGAUCACCUCAUCGCCCACAGGGACUGCAUGUAUAUGAAUAUUAUGAUGGACCCAAAGCCUCUUUAUCCUGACAUGUUUCAUCCUAUCGAACCAAAGAGGUCACGAGAUUGGAAGGGCAAGCCAAAACACUAUUCAAGAACGACACACCCCACCAGAUACAUCUUAAUCGACUUUGGUAUCUCCCGUCGAUACAGACCAGAGGAUAUGCCACCUCUAGAGGCUCCCAUUUGGUCAGCAGACCUCACGGUUCCAGAGAACAAAAGGAACGAGCCUUGCAACCCUUUCCCCAUCGACAUCUAUCUCAUAGCGAAUGUCAUUCGCCUGUAUUUUCUCAAUAUAUAUGAUGGCUUUGACUUCAUUUCUCCACUCAUUACCGAUAUGAUGCAAGACGAUGCAGAGAAGCGACCCACGAUAGAUGUAGUUAUAGCUCGCUUCGACCAGAUCGUGUGCAACCUCUCGAAGUGGAAAUUGCGCGCAAGGCUCAAGAAGCAUAUCGAGUGGAGCGUUGCAGGCCUUUUCAGAUCUGGGGCAAAUAUAAUCAGAACUGCUAGCUACAUGCUGAGGGGGUUGGAUCCUAUUCCAUCCCCCAGGACGUAGAAUGGCAUGACUCCUUUCCUUCUCGUGUUUUCUCGUAGGAUACCAUACGGCCUGGUGUCGCACAUACUUACCGCUGUUCAUGUUUCUCCUUGGAUUGUACUACUCAUGCUCUUUCACUUUCACUGAUGGCGUAUGAUGCAUGAAGCGAGCACCAGAAGAUACGAACAAUGCGAAUGUGGGGAUAUCAUCGACGCCCAGUAAGUGCAUCAGG